GUAAGAGGGGAGUAGUGGAUCGACUCUCGGCGUCCGCCAAUAGAAUCCAGGACUGGGUUCGACUCCCAUUGUCGCGGCUUGGCUAUAAAAGCGCGGAUCAAAGUCGGGGGCCCAUUGAGAGCCAGUCUCGCGUCACUGAGGACUCGGAUCACGCAGUUCAUGAUGAGCAGCAGGAUGGAUCGUAAGUCCUACUUGGUUCAGGUCAACGGCAACAGCCUUCACAGCGGGAAGGUUCUGCACGGCAACGGGGUCCACCACGUCAGCGUCAACGGAGCGCUCUACCCCGUCAAGUCCAAGAGUCGCCGGCUGAGAUGGGAGGUGAAGCCAUCCCACAUGUCCGUCAACACGCUCAACCCCAUCCGAGCCAUCGUGGACGGGAUGAAGCUGACGCCCAACCCAGACAAGCCCAUGAUCGCCCUCAGCAUCGGUGACCCCACAGUGUUUGGGAACCUGCCCACAGAUGGCGCUGUGCUCCAGGCCAUCAAAGAUUCCGUGGACUCCCAGAAGUACAACGGCUACGCUCCAUCCGUUGGUUACCUGAGGAGCCGCGAGGCCGUGGCCAACUUCUACAGCAGCCCCGAGGCGCCGCUCUCUGCCGAGGACGUGAUACUGACCAGCGGCUGCAGCCAGGCCAUUGACCUGGCCAUCAGUGUGCUCUGUAACCCGGGCGAUAACAUCCUGGUCCCUUGCCCCGGCUUCUCCUUAUACAAGACUCUGGCCGUGUCCCUGGGCAUCCAGGUCAAACUCUACAACCUGCUGCCAGACAAGUCGUGGGAGGUGGACCUGCAGCACCUGGAGAGUCUGAUCGACGAGAGGACGUCGUGUCUGAUCGUCACCAAUCCCUCCAACCCGUGUGGCUCCGUCUUCCGAGAAGAGCACCUGCGGAGGAUCCUUCAAGUGGCCGCCAGGAACCGGAUCCCCAUCCUGGCCGACGAGAUCUACAGCGACAUGGUGUUCCCAGGCUGGGAGUGUCCCUCCCUGGCCUCCCUCAGUGUGGACGUCCCCAUCCUGUCCUGUGGUGGUCUGGCCAAGCGCUGGCUGGUUCCAGGCUGGAGGAUGGGCUGGCUCCUCAUCCAUGACCGGAACGACAUUUUCGGCUCUGAGAUCCGUCAAGGACUGGUCAAGCUGAGUCAGCGUAUUUUGGGAGCUUGCACCAUCAUCCAGGGGGCUCUGGAGUCCAUCCUGGACAACACGCCUCGGACCUUCUACAACGACACGCUUGGAUUCCUCAAGUCCAACUCAGAGAUCUGCUUCAACGAGCUGUCCUCCGUCCCAGGACUGAAGCCUGUGAUGCCCUCCGGAGCCAUGUACUUGAUGGUGGGCAUCAACAUCCAUCACUUCCCUGAUUUCAAAGACGACGUGGACUUCACCGAGCGUCUGGUGACGGAGCAGUCGGUCUUCUGCCUCCCUGCUUCGGCGUUCGAGUAUCCCAACUACUUUAGAGUGGUGGUGACGGUGCCAGAGGAGAUGAUGGUGGAGGCCUGCGGUCGGAUCCGAGAGUUCUGCGAGACCCACUAUCGCUCCAGCAGUCCAGAGGUGAAUGACCUGGACCAGUGAAGCUGCGGACCGGACACCGAUGGAUCAGCACCAUGGUGACGCUGCGGAGGAGGGCCAGCAGCCACUUCAUCUCUGGAUAUUUAAGGGUUAAACAACCAGAGCUCAUAUUUAUAUUUUAUACCUCAUGUUAACCUUUGUAUUUAUGUCAAGUGUUUGUGGGUUUUAGGGUGGGAACUUAAAGCCUGAGCGUGGAGAACAUGUGGACUUUGGGAUGAAAGUGUUCCGAAUCCAGUGUUUGUUCUGAGGCUCAUUAGUCAUGUAAUUUUGUUAAAUACUCAAUAAAAUGUUUGUAGAACUCUCCCCUCCA